AGGCGGCCUGGGCUGGGGAAGGCUAGACGAUCCCUAUUUAGCCAAAGGCCUGGGAUAUCUUCGCCGGUGCGAUGGAUUCCUAGUUGAAGAUCCAUCUCGGCAGCGCUCAUGGGAUGGCUCCUGCCUUCGAUAUCAUAGGUGUACCGUAGCCCCCGGUGGCGCCUACAUGAUCCAAAGUGUUUUGCCUCAUCACGAGCGUGGGCCAGAGCCGGACACGGGAUUAUGCCGACAUGAAGUGCGUAAAUGAUGCGGCGGGCGAGCCGGUGCCGGCCAUCCCGGGCGCCUUGAAUCCACUCCAGUACGGAGGCAGCUGGUGGAAGCCGUGGUUGCCAUCUAACGGGGCCGUUGUUAUCAUCAAGCCACUCAGAGACAUGAUCCGGGAAUUCCUGCUGUUCGUCAUCUGGUGGCUCAGAUCUCUGCCGAAGGGAAUGGCUGCUCUGCUCAGAAUCGCUCGCCGGGCUGCUCUGCUCAGAAUCGCUCGCCAGGCUGCUCUGCUCAGGAUUGCUCGCCGGGUUGCUCUGCUCAGGAUCAAAAUGGUUGCCAAAGCCAUUGAAAUGCUCAUUAGGAUUCAGGUCCCCGUUCUCGUUGCCGGCCGUGGUGGCCCCGCGAUGGCUCUCCCUUGUUCUCUGCUUCUUCGAUGCCGGCUCAGGAUUGGUAGGUGGAGGGCGCCUUUCCCGGGACCUGGAUGGCUAGUUACAAGUCCUCGUUGGCUUGCGCCCGGGGAUGGGUGCCGAGUUGCACGAGUGCGGCCGGCGGGGUUGUAUGUCCGGCCGGGGAUGAUAUCCCCGGUCCCACCAGUGAUUGAGGUGGUUAAGGUAUCCGCCAAGAGCUCGGAGAAGGCAGGAGUGUCUUCACGUUGUAUCGUAUUGCGUAGUACGGUGGUUGGAGCGAGGGCGCCGGCUGGCUGUGUUGCGCGGGCGCGGCCGGCGGUUGCGCGGGCGCGGCCAGCAGGGCUAUGUGUCCGGCCGGGGAUGAUAUCCCCGAUCCCACCAGUGAUCGAGGUGGUUAAGGUAUCCGCCAAGAGCUCGGAGAAGGCAGGAGUGUCUUCACGUUGUGUCGUAUUGCGUAGUACGGUGGUUGGAGCGAGGGUGCCGGCCGGCUGUGUUGCGCGGGCGCGGCCGGCGGUUGCGCGGGCGCGGCUGGCGGUUGCGCGGGCACGGCCGGCAGGGCUAUGUGUCCGGCCGGGGAUGAUAUCCCCGAUCACACUAGUGAUCGAGGUGGUCGAGGUAUUCGCCAAGAGCUCGGAGAAGGUAGGAGUGUCUUCACGUUGUAUUGUAUUGCGUGGUACGGUGGCUAGAGCGAGGGCGCCGGCCGGCUGUGCUAUACGGGUGUAGCCAGCGAGGCCGUGUGGCCGACUAGGGAUAACAACCUCAAUUCUGCUGGUCCUCGAGGUUGUUGAGGUUACUAAUGUGGGUUGGGGGAGUCUAGGAGGCUGUGGACGUUGUCUUCGUUCACGAGGCAUGGUAGCGUAUGUUCGAUCUAGGUCGUAUUGAUUUGCUGAGGUGAAAGCUUCUGCACAAGUAUCUGGCCGCUGAUAUUUGGGAAUCUUGUAGUACUGCAUAAGAGAAUGAUUG